AACUGCCAGAACUGAGAAGCAAGAGCUAAGAGACAGAGGCACCCCAGAGGGAGACACGAUCCACUGCAAGAUGGGAAGAAGGGAGCAGCUGGGGAGAAUCCCUUGUCUAGCAUAACCCAGGGAAGACUGGACUACAGCCACAUCACAGAAUCAUGUGGGAGUCCUGCUUAAAAGUAGAUCACAAUGACAGAAAAGGACCCUGAAACACACCUGGAGGAGGAGGAGGAGGAACUGGAUGGCAAGCUCAAUUACAAGCCCCCACCUCAGAAGUCUCUGAAGGAGCUGCAGGAGAUGGACAAAGAUGAUGAAAGUCUUGCCAAAUACAAGAAAACUCUGCUAGGGGAUGGACCUGUGGUAGCAGAUCCAACUGCUCCCAAUGUAGUAGUCACUCGACUCACCCUAGUCUGUGACACUGCCCCAGGACCAAUCACUAUGGACCUUACUGGGGAUCUUGAAGCUCUCAAGAAAAAGGUCUUUGUGCUAAAGGAAGGAGCUGAAUAUAGAGUCAAAAUUAAUUUCAAAGUGAACAAGGACAUUGUGUCAGGGCUGAAAUAUGUGCAGCAUACCUACAGGACUGGGGCUAAAGUGGACAAAGCUACAUUCAUGGUUGGCAGUUAUGGGCCUAGGCUAGAUGAGUAUGAGUUCCUGACACCUCCAGAGGAAGCCCCCAAGGGUAUGCUGGCCCGAGGCACUUACCACAACAAGUCCUUCUUCACUGAUGAUGACAAGCAUAACCAUCUCACCUGGGAGUGGAAUCUGUCCAUUAAAAAGGAGUGGACAGAAUGAGCUCCUUGCUCUACAUUCCCUUCCCAUCCCCCUUGCCUGUUGUACUGCUAGUGAAUUAUGUGUUCUAAAACUCCAAGGUUGUGCUCCUCUUCCUGUGUGCCCCCAACCCUAAGAUCUCCAAAGCUCCUCAACUAUUCUCAUUUUCACAUGGUGCCCUGUAAAAUUUAAUACAUUGGUACAAUUGGCAUUUGGUACAAUUUUGAGGUUAGCCCAUGGCCUCUUUUCCUGCUAUGCUGAAAACAAUACACUCAGUUUCACCACAAGAGCAAAAAAGACUUAAAACCAAUUCCCUUUCCACUCUCUCCUCCUUUUGGAUCAACUCCUUGAGAAGCCCUAAUUUGAUCAACAUGAACAUUUCAUUCAGGUACCAUUUAUCCCUCCCGGCAGCUAGUGAACUUAGAAAGAGAGAGAGACAGAGAAACAGACAGAGACAGAGAAAAAGAGAGAGACAGACAGACAGACAGAGAGAUAGAGAGAGACAGAGAGAGAGAGAGAGAGAGAGAGAGAGAGAGAGAGAGAGAGAGAGAGAUUAAGAGCAAUCUCCCACUAGCAGUCCACUUCCCAGGUGUUCCAAUAACCAAUUCCCAUUGGAAUAUCCUAUAAUGGUUGCUGCUGUUCUGAUAAAGGGCCUUAAUCUGCCUUAAUCUGUUUUUAUAAAUAAAGCCACCUUGGAGUCUUCUAUUUGUGAGCAAAACUGUAAACAAUUCAAUCAUUUAUGAAUAAAACUACUGCUGUCCAUUA